GACAGCCAGGAGUCUGACUCAGAAGACGAGCAGCCGGCGGCUAUGUCGAGGAAGCAGCGCCAUCGAGAUGAGCGCUACGAGCUGAAUGGCGCGGAGUUCUCCACGCGCUACGGCAGCAUCAAUCGCGAGCUCGAGCGACAGGGCAUCCUUCAGGACGAUGACUCGUCGGACACGGGCGUGGCGGCGCGCGGCAGCGUGGAGGACUCCGGCUCGGGCGACUGCGAGGGCGGGCUGGACGCCCCUGGAGGCUCCUCGGCGGCGGGACCCGGCGCGGCGCCCCCGCAGGCGGGCACUUUCUUCCGCGACGGCCGCCGGCGCAUCGACUUCGUGCUGGUCUACGAGGAGAGCGGGGGCGGCGGCGGCGGUGGGUCGCGUGGAGGCGGCAGCCGCUCCACGCUUGGCUCGGGGGACCCCGUGAUGGCGGCGCACCACGGCUCUGCCGCCGCCGCCAAACGCUCCUCGCGCCGGGAGCUCUGGCGGCAGCGCUUCAUGGGCAACCUGCAGCGAUCCGGCCUCCACAUGGAAGAGGAGUUGGUGGAGACGCAGACAAGCCGCAAAACACUUUGUUUCAUUAAGCUCCAUGCCACGUGGUCUGUACUAUGCCACUAUGCAGAAGAACUGAAUAUGAGAGCACCAUUACAGGCUCAUCCAAAUCCUUCAAUUAACUGGUCUGAACAGAUACUCAAAGCUCUCCGGCUGCCAAAUAUUAUGUAUGAAGAUGUUCCCAACAAACCUCUUGAUUACUAUACUUGUCCAUUUCGCAAGUCUAAAAUUGACAGGUUCCUUGGCAGUGAUAACCAUGAUACUUACUUUACCAAUGUUCAGCGUAGUCGCAUAUUGUAUGAGAUCCUUUCAACAGCUAUAUUUGGCAAGAAGAAGAAAGGUGAAGUGGGCAUUGAAAGGCUAGUGGAAGAAGGGGUCUUCUGCUCAGCAUUUCCUCUACAUGAUGGGCCUUAUGAAGUGAAGAGAAGAACUGAUGGCACACCACUAGGAACACUCAAUCCCCGUCAGGUCCUCUAUGAAUACUGGGCCCGUUGGGGAAAGUGGUAUAAGUACCAACCACUUGACCAUAUUAGAGAAUAUUUUGGUGAGAAGAUAGCAAUCUACUUUGCUUGGCUUGGCUUCUACACUGGAUGGCUACUGCCUGCUGCUGUGGUUGGCUUGUUGGUCUUCAUGUAUGGUGUUUGCACAAUGCACUCAAAUAGACUGGCAAAAGAAGUAUGCAGUAGCCAAGGACAGUUUAAGAUGUGUCCUCUCUGUGAUGUGGAAAUUGGUUGCAAUUAUUGGGACCUGAGUGAUGUUUGUGGCUAUGCUCAAUUUGCCUACCUCUUUGAUCAUCCAGGCACAGUCUUCUAUGCAAUUUUUGUUUCAUUUUGGGCUGUAACUUUCCUGGAGUACUGGAAACGCAAGUCUGCAAGCCUGGCUCAUCACUGGGAUUGCAUGGGGUUCCAGGAGGAAGAGGAACGGCCACGGCCAGAGUUCGCAGCACGUGCCCCAUUUCUGGAACGUAACCCUGUUACUGGAGUGAGGGAACCAAGCUUCCCUUCCUCCCUACGGCACAAACGCAUUGCUGCAGGAAUUGGAAUAAUUUUUUUGAUGAUGUCCAUGGUUAUAAUUUUCAUUAUUGCCAUCAUAAUAUACAGAGUGCUUGUGUCUAUUCCACUGUUCCAAAAUGCAACCCUCAGAUCACAGGCACAGGCCAUAGCCAACCUUACAGGUGCCGUAGUGAAUUUAAUUCUUAUAAUGGUCAUGAGCCGUGUUUAUGAGAAGCUUGCUUAUCGUCUCACAACAUGGGAAAUGCAUCGUACACAGACAGAAUUUGAUGACAAUCUAACAUUCAAAGUGUUCAUUUUCCAGUUUGUGAAUUUCUACUCAUCAAUAUUUUACAUAGCAUUUUUCAAGGGUCGUUUUGUUGGUUAUCCUGGAAACUACACUAAAAUACUGAAGCUCAGGAAUGAAGAUUGCAGUGCUGGAGGAUGUCUGAUUGAAUUAGCACAGCAAUUAGCUGUCAUAAUGAUUGGAAAGCAGAUAAUAAACAAUGCACAAGAAAUACUUGUCCCAAAGCUGAAAGCAUGGUGGCACAAGAAACAAGUUAAGCUUACUAAGAAGCACAAGACCCGAUGGGAAGAAGAUUACCAACUUAUACAGAAUGAAGGACUUUUUCAAGAAUAUCUGGAAAUGGUACUCCAGUUUGGUUUCAUCACAAUAUUUGUAGCAGCAUUUCCACUUGCUCCAUUGUUUGCUCUCCUCAAUAACUGGGUUGAAAUUCGUUUGGAUGCACAAAAGUUUGUGUGUGAAACAAGACGCACAGUUGCAGAGCGGGCAGAGAAUAUAGGCAUUUGGUUCAAAAUUCUUGAUAUGCUGGCACAUCUGGCAGUCAUAAGCAAUGGUUUCCUCAUUGCUUUCACUUCAGAAUUUUUACCCAAAUUAUUGUAUCAGUACGAGUAUGAUUGGGAUCUGACUGGAUACGUGAAUUUUACAUUGGCAUAUGCUCCAAAGGGGAAUACAACUGAACAGUGCCGUUAUCGUGGAUUCAGAGAUGAGACUGGUAGUCACACACCAUUUUUUUGGAGACUGCUUGCUGUGCGCUUUGCCUUUGUCAUCAUUUUUGAGCAUGUUGUCUUUGGGAUCUGCCGACUGAUUGACAUCUUGGUACCUGAUAUACCAGAAAGUCUUGAACUGAAGAUAAAGAGGGAACGUUAUUUAGCAAAGCAGGCACUUCAGGACUCUGAAACAAUCCUCAAGGUUGCUGCAAGGAAGGAUGAAGAUGAGGAAGAGCUGUUGCCUAAUGGAGGCAUGGCUUUAGAUUUGACAGCAGAACUUGGAGACAUGACAGCUGAACUGGAGCACCUAGCAGCUACUGCCCCAGUUCUCCCAGCAGCACCAUCUCUGUCAGUAUGUACAACUGCCAUACAGCCAGAAAGGCAACUACAGAAGCCAGAAAGUUCCACAUCACUCAACAUGGAUGUAAGUCCAGUUCAUUCAGGAGAUGGCACCUGACAAAAACUUUCCACUCUCUGAGGAGGGGGU